AUGAAAUGAAACUAUAAAUCCAAAAAAAGCCAAUCCUCAAUUUCUCAUCUCCCAAAACUCGCUUCUCUAUUCGUUUUACCCCACCAAAAAUUUAGAUUCUAUUAAUUUUUAAUUUUUAAUAUUUUUUAGGUUUUUUUUUUUUUUGGUUUUAGUACUUGAAAACAUCUCUUCCUUCAUCAUCGUUUGAGCUCCCAAUCUUCGAACAGAAAAAACCUAAAUUAAGAACGAAGCGCCCAAAAAGAAAAAAGAAAAAGCUUUGGGAGCUCCUUCCUUCUUUUUUGUUUUGUUUUGUUAUUGUUUUGCAUGGUGUUUCUCAUCAUCGGGUCCAUAGCUACGAGUGAUUCAAUUCGUUUUCCUCUUCAGCUACAAGGGAAUAAGAAGAAGAAGAAUAAGAUCUUAUGCGACAUUUGAUCUCUAAAACCCAUUAACAAAAAGCUGCGGGUCCUAGACUAAUCAUCUCAUUAGGCAGAUGGAUGAAAACAAUGCGGCUAAGUUAACCGGAAUCAGGCAGAUCGUGAGGCUAAAGGAGAUUCUGCAGAAAUGGCAAACCGUGACGAUAGGGCCCAAGUCAGACAUCCCUCCACUGGCAGCUGGAAAGGAAGCGGCGGAAAUGAUUGCGCCGGCGAUCAACAAGAGGCUAUUAGCCGUCAAGAACUGUGACUCCGAUGAGGAAAACUGCCAAAGCCCUGAGCAUCCGGCUGAUGUUCCCAAAGGGUAUCUAGCGGUUUACAUUGGACCGGAGCUAAGGAGGUUCAUCAUUCCAACUAGCUAUCUCAGCCACUCUCUGUUCAAGGUGUUGCUCGAGAAGGCAGAGGAAGAGUUUGGGUUUGACCAGAGCGGUGCGCUCACCAUCCCUUGCGAGGUCGAGACUUUCAAGUACUUACUUAAAUGCAUGGAGAACAAUCUCAAAGGCCAUCACCCUGAUGACAGCUCCGAUGGGGAUGCAGUAGUAGCAAAGGAAGAGUAAAUACAAAUCAAGUGAUAAAAAACUCAUAAAAAAACUCUUCUUUUGUUAUUAUGAUUAUUAUUAUCCUCUGAUAUUAUUAUUGAUGAAAACUGUUAGGGAUGGUAACUUUGGGGUGUAAUUGUAAAAUCAGGUUAUAUUUUUAUUUUCCUGGUUUGUUUUUUUCCUUUCUCCAUUCUUUUUCAAAGACAAUUUAAGUUCUUAGGACAUGUAUGUUAGAUGUGAAAGGAUUUGGUGGUAAAAGUGUGAUAUAAAGAUUAAACAAAGAUAUAUGUACGAAAAAAUGUGAACAUUUCUGUUCUCUUCCGUUUUUUAUGAUCGGAAAGUAUUAUUAUGUGUCUCAAUCAAGAAGACUAUUGAAUAAUGAUAUACC